AUGGCCGCUCGGUAUCAAUACACACCCUUCUCCACCCCAAAAUCGAUCCGCCUCAUCCGUCUCGUCAACACCACAGAUAAAUCCUCCCCCCUCGAAUGCUCGUUCGAAGAAACCUCCCUCGACAACCCAGUCUCAUACGCAGCCCUCUCCUACACCUGGGGAGGCGAACCCUCAAACCAAAUAACCCAACCCUCGCUGAUGAUAACUCCAAACUGCGCCGCCGUCCUCAACAUCCUCCGCGGCCCACGCAUCCGCGACCUCUCGCUCUGGGUCGACGCCGUCUGUAUCAACCAGUCCUCCAACGAUGAGAAGAGCGUCCAGGUCGGCAUGAUGGCGGAACUCUACGAGAAGGCAAAGUACGUCUUUGUCUGGCUGGGCAACGAGUGGGCGCCUGCUUCGGUUCUUGCGUUGUAUAAAGGUGUCCCGAGAGUGAAAAAUGAUCAGGAGCGAGGUGAGUGCCGCCGCGGCAAAGGAUCUCAAUAA